AUGAAGCUUUGCCAAGGGACACUGCCAAAGUUUUACCAAGGUCACCAGAACAUAACACUACUCAACGUGGCCUUGACCGGCCAAACGCAGUACGGAAACACUUUGAUGAAUGCACUGCAACAGCAACAACAAAGACUCCUUCUCUUUGAGCGUCUCAUCUAUUUAGCAUCAGCACUUUGUGUUUCAUCAUUCGGUACCAGAGCUUUGCUACGCUCUUGGGCUGCUACCAUUCUAAUGGCAGCUAGAAGAGGUAGAGGAAAGCGUGGAAACCAUAUGGGGGACCACGAUUUUAGGGAUGAGCGAGAUGAAGAAAUUCAGGCACUUCGAAGACAAGUUGAGCAGCUGACAUUACAUCUCAAACGCCAAGAAGCCCGCAGCGAGAGUGGUGGGUCCUCCAGUGAUGAAGGUGAGGUGAAUCCUUUCGGGCACUAUAGAAGGAAUUAUCAUGAUUCUUUCAAGGUUGCACUACCAGAAUUUCAUGGUCGUUUUCAUCCUGUGAGUGGCUUAGUUCCAUUGAGAAGUAUUUUGACUAUAAAGAGACACCAGCAGAACAAAGAAUCAAGAUUGUGGCACUAA